AUGAAUGUAAAAAGAAUCCUCGAAAUUGACAUGGUAUAUGUAUUCUAUUGUUGUGCCUUGGCUGACCUUCCGCGAUGGAUAAAGCAGAGCCUGCAGGAACGGAUAGAAGAUUGGAAGCAACGCAGCAAAACACUGCUGGAUCAGAUAUACGCGGUAGAUCCGUACUACGUAUCUUCAAACGAAUACCGGUUCAUCGGUCAAGCCUCGUAUGCUGAUAUCGCAGCGGGACGUACUAGCCCGAGUUCGAGAAACUGUAGUCCAUACAGACAGCAACGAGACGUCACUCCUUCUACCACGGUCACGCAAGUAUUACGACCUGCUCUUAUACGAGUUCAGAAGUCGACUGUCGAAUGUCUUCCGUUAAAUGAAGCGCAAGUGUCAAAAACACAAAUUCAGGAAAGUGACCUGGACCAACCGAAGACGCAACCGCAAACCAAAAUGCAGGCAGAAUGCGUGCAGAUCGUGAACGAUCAAGGUACAAUCGGAGUGGAAGAGAAUCAAGAUAUAUCAGAAAUCCUUGUUGAAUCGCCCGUAACUCAUCGAGGACGAUCGCCUACGCGCAAGAUGAACUCAUUUAAUGCGAGAAACCCAAAGAUUCAAGAGGAAGAAGUUGACAAUCGUCGAUUUAGAGUAACUCCCAGGCAAGAAGCGCAAGCAGAAUCCACAAGAAAUACACUGGCACCGCGUGAAGAACAUAAAGGACGUUCGCUCAGUCCUAUGUGGGUCCCCGGUUCCACUUCUUAUGCUGAUAUUCUUCGCGGAAGUAUGCAAACGGCGCAGGCUAACACUGCUUUUGUGGAGCCAUCCAGACAAGAGAUGGUUCCUUUAUCCGGAGAAUCUUCACGAUCUUCGCUUGGCCGAAUUCAAUCUCCUCGCACGGAACAAGUCCCUGUGAGUUUCACCGUAAACGUAGACGAAUCUCAACAAAUUACCGAAGCUUCACAAGUCGCACCAACGCAAGAGGCGCAGAUAGAAAACGUGCAAAUCGCGGAGGCUUACUGUCAAUCUCCUGAAAUUCCCGCGAUGAAAGUAGAAGAGCAAAGCUACACCGAAUCCGGGCCGAGUAACUGGGCCGACAAAGACUUGGAAGAUAUGCUGCAACACGUCAAGCCUUAUGAGAACGUGCCGAGACAACCAGUCACCGAGACAGUGCAGUCGACCGAGAUGUAUGAUUACAUGGUACCGGAACCAAUGCCAAAAUUAAUAGGAUUCAUUGGAUCUCAGCUGAGAACGUAUCCUGUGAGUUCAUAUGUUUAUACGCCUUCGGAUCAUCAACAAGUGCAACAACUGGAUACUACAAACUUGAAUCCUUAUAAUAACAGCUCUUUGACUUACGCGCCAGAGCACUAUGUCGUGCAAACUUCGUAUCUUUCAACAUCGGAUAUUUAUCAACAAACUCCGAUGCAGCAAGAAUGUUCCGUUAAUGACACGAGACAUGAGAUUCCGAUGUUAGUAGAAAAAUCUACUGAAGUGCCAGUAACUGGGCAAGAUAUUCCUCAAGACGCGAUUAUAACUGAGUCUAUCGAUACAUCUAAGCAGAAAGAACCUGUAAAUGUUUUGGACACUUCUACGACAACAAAAACAGAAGGAAAAGAUACGUUACCCUUGAAUGAUAUCGAAUCCAAAGCGCAAAUCUUUUCUUACGCACAAAUACUCUCUCAGGGACUCAGCCCGCGUAUUACUUCGACACAUGUCAUCAAUAAAUCCCCGACCGAGGAUCAACAGAAUAAAGAGCAAUCCUCUCCAUCGUUCCGCGAAAUAUCGCCGUUGCAGGAAUCUAAGUGCGAGCAAGAUUCGCAUUCGAUUCCAAAAUCCAAGCAACAAUCACAACAAUCCAAGAAGGACGAUUGGGACAUGAUAAAAAGACGGGAGAUUAAAAAGAGGCAAUCGAAUGAUAAAACUGAACAGAUAGAUGAGAAAAAAUCUCGAAAGCUUGUUGAUAAGCCAAUGGAGAAACAGAAAAAGGAAAAAUUAAAUCCGUCAAAAGAGUUGGAAAUGCGAGACGAAUCUAGUAUUAUCAGUGAUAUUUCCGAAAAGAAUAUAAGCGAAGAAAAACCAGUGCAACGAGAAAAAGAAAUAACUGAUUCUAAAGAUAUGAAUCUGCUGCAAGAAAAGAAACGUAAGCAGAAAAAGAAAAAGAUAGAUAAAUCUGUAGGAGAUGAAAUUGAUAAAGCUCUCAAAGAAAUCGAGGACAUGGACAAACAGAAAGUAAAAUCGCAGAGGGAAAAGUUUAAAGAGCAGAUCGAAGAACAAAACAAAUCUCAAAAAACUGCUAACGAGAUGUUGGGAAAAUCUAAAGAUGAUGCUGACAAAAAACGGAGAAAAUUCGAGAAUAAAGUCCAAAAGCAAUCCGAUAUUCUAAGUGAUAAAAGAAAUGAUAAAAUGAAUGUUGUCGAUGAAAGCAAUAUAACAGGAACUGUAAAACUUCCAGACACUCUCAAGAUCGAGUUGCAAAACGAGAAAUCGAAUACGUCGAAGAAAUCAGAACUGGAUGCAGAGAGUAAUGAUAAAAAUCAAGAAAAAUUUGAGAAUGAUACUAAAGAAAUAAUCGAUGAUAAAUGUCUGGAAUUUAUUGAACCAAUGAUUGAUACAGAAAAGAAAGAUUCUAAAUUAAAGACGCUUGAUACCGCGGAAAUCGUUGAUAAAAUAAAUAGCAACGCGAAAGAAUUGACAGAGGAUAAAAAACUAGAACAUUAUCAUGCAAAUGAUGAAUUAGGAGCAGAAAAUCUUAUGAGAGAAAAUUCAGAGACAGCAGAUAAGAUGGAUGAUAAAAAAGCUAGUAAUAUUAAAAUGAUUGAAAAAGCUGAGAAACGCGAAGUAGAGAAAUGUCAGAUGAAAACGGGAAAACAGAAGAAAUCUCAGAAAGCGAAAUUUAAUACUCAAGAUAAAAAUAAAAUAAGCAAAGAUGAUAUUAAAACAUCACAACUUGUUAAAAGUGAAAAUAAAUCUGUUGGAGAAAAAGAUGAACUUCAUACCGAGUCAAAACCUUCAAGUGCAUCUACGAUAGAAAGUUUCGUCCAAGAUCAAUCUAAAGAGAAAAUAAAUGUGACUGAGCAUGUAUUAGUACCCGAUAACAGUUGUUUUAUUCAAUCAAAAACAGAUAUCGAAAAUAACUUGAAAAUGGACGAAAGAGAAAAUGUAACGUCUUGUCAAGUUAAUAAACGCGAGCCAUCUCUUUCUAAGAGCAAGAAAAAGAAGUCGAAGGGCAAAACUGUCAUUCAAUAUACUGCAUCGACAUCUAAUAUAAAAUGUACCGAAAAAUCUGAUUUGACAGAUGUGGAUCAGACUGCAGUAAGUGUAAUCGUUAAACCAAUUACAGUAAAAGAAGAUGUACAUAACAAAACUAUGGAGUUAGUCAAAGAUGCUGAUAAACCAGAAGCAGUCUCUACUUUAAUUACAGAAGUUACAGAAGUUAUAAAAGAUAUUUCGGAGCCAGCAAUUUGUCCUAAACAAGAAAAAUUAGACAAAAAUCCAUCUUUGCCUGUGAAAAUUGAUAACGUUGAGACCGAAGAGACGCAAGAACUAUUAAAAAAUACUGAAAUUGAGUUCGAUUCUAAAGAUUCGAGCGAUUCGGUCGGCGAGGCUAAAAUACAUGAGCCUGAACACAAGGAAAAUAUACAUAAUAAUUUAGAAUCCGAACAAUUGCCAUCAACAGGAAAGGCUUUGAUAAUAGAAAAAACGGUUAUUACCGUAACUACUACUAGCACGAGUAUUCCAGGAUCGAUAAAAAUCACACCUGCCAAUGUCAAGUCCGUUAAGUCGGUUGAGAUUUUAGAAAACAUACCCGUACCCAAAAUCGUAGGUUCAAAAGUUACCGAAUUAAUCACUUUGCGUCCUGAAACCGUAGAAGCUAGUCUCAUCACUACUUACGCUAGAGUACCGAACGAUAUUCCCGUUUGUAGCUAUCCGGAACAAUCAGAUCAGGCGAUGAAUUCUCAAACAAUAGAUUUAAAUUCCGCGAGUUCUACUGAGAACAUAAUGAUAUCCAAUGAAUCAGCUCCGUUCGAUAGCGUGCAAGAUAGGAAAAAGAUUUGUUCGGGCAUUUCAGAAAAAUUCCAUGACGCGCCGAUGAUCAUUGCGCUUGAAGAUAAAAAAGGAGAACUUGUUGCUCAUUUAGAUGAUAACAUGGAAAAACAGAAAGGGUCAGUUUUAUUAAAUGAAUUCGAAAUUAAGCAAGAAGAUUUCCGUCAACCAGAUAUAAAAGUUUCUGAAGAUGAACGCGAGAUAGAUAAUAUAACGAAAGAAGAGACAUUCUCCGUUGAUUUCAUUUCACAGAAUAAUAAUAUUAUAAAAAGUCAAGAUAUUAAUGAUUCUGUCGAAACAGAUAAUACUACGGUAAUUAACAAAAUUGAUCAAGACGUAUCAUGUAUUCCGAAUAUGGAAAAGAAAGAAUUAGAAGGAAAUAAAAUAGAAGAAAAUAAAGUCAAUAUCGAAACUCAGAAUAACCAAGAAAAAGUAGAUAAACAAACAGAGAUUGAGGCGAAAUGUGAAAAUCUUACCAUUAGUAAAAUAAAAAGCGAGAAUAUACCCGAAAAUGUAAAGAAGCAAAUAAUACCUGAUUAUUUAGAUGUUAUUAAACCUUAUGCCAUGGAUCGUCAUGCUUAUAAUAACGCAGAAAGUAAUUUUUAUCGCCAUUUCAAAGUAGUUAAAAUAGUAAAAGAAGUUCAGCCACCCGCUACUGUAAUUCCGAAAUCAGAAAGUAUAGAAAGAAUUGUACAAGAAUCAGUAAUGAAACCUAAAUCUGACAACCGAGAAAUAUCUGAAAUUAAUUCGAGAAGACAUGCUCUUAUCAUAGAGACAUUAAAAUAUCCAAUCAGCAGUUUUUACGAGAUUGAGUCACAAUGGAUUAAAGAUAAAUUCAGCUCCGAAAAAUCUGUGUCUGUAUCAACUGAUGACUCCGACUUAAAAAAUUCUGCAGUAGAAAAAAUUGAACGAAAAACUAUUGAAAAGAAAGUGACAACAGAUGCAGUGUCAGCCGAAGAAAUUCAACAACAAAAUAUGACAUUAGUUAACACAACUGCUAAUACUAUAUCACUCACUGAUGUAACAGAAGAUUUAAAUAGUACUAGAAUCGAUUCAACAUCACAAGAAAUUAGUACAAUUACAGAAUUAAAUGCUUCUAAUGCAUCAUCCAUUGAAAAAAUUAGUGAUAAUCAAUUGGCAAAUGCUGAAGCAAUAACAGACACAAAUAUACAAAUAGGAGAAGCUGUUACAAAAGAUAUUAAGACUGAGCAAGAAUUAUUAGAAAUUAAAACAACACCAGUAAUAUCAUCUAUAAACUUGAAAUUUGAUGAUGCUUGGAUUGAUCUUCUUGAAGAAGAAAUAAUACUUGAUGACGACUUUGACGGUCCAGAAACUCAAACAAAAGAAAUAACUAUCGAAAAACAAGAUGAGAAGAUUGAAAAAGAAAUGACAAUUGAAGAUCGAGAAGGAAGAAUUGAGAAGGAAAAAGCAAAAAUUGAAAUCUUAGAUAAUGCAACUCAGAUAGAAACUGUUGUUAAAGAUGAAUAUCAUAUUGACAUAGAAGAUACUCAGAAUAAUAUUUCAUAUACGGAAAGCAAGAAGCAAAGCAAGAAAAUGAAAAACCAAUCAAAGAAGGAAUCAAAGAAGGAAUCAAAAAAGGAAUCAAAGCAUAUUAAAGACGCAAAAUCUAAGGAUUAUGCAAAGAUUAAAGUUGAAUCUAAAAAACAAAAUGACGUUGAAAUUAAAAUAGAUGCUACUAACAGCGAUUUAUCGCCAGCACAAAGUAAUCUAGAAACACAUGAAACAUUGAAGAAAAUAACUGAACCUAAUAUAGAAAAAUCUUUAAUAGCGGAUGAACAACAAUCUGAAUCUUCCAAGGAUAAUGCGAAAUUGAAAAAUUUAAACGAAUCUAUAUUGCAGCAAAAAGCACAUGAUACUAUUGAUGAAACACAUGAAAAAACAUUAUUAAAAGAACAUAAAUUGAAAUCUAGUAAAAAAUCUAAGAAACAAAUGGAAAAAUCUGCAAUCAUAUCCAAAGAAAAAUCAGCGUCAGAACAUCAAGAUAACACGAAGGAAGAUCACAAUGACGUACUUCCUACAAUGACAGAAAUCGAAUCGAAUAUACUUGGAGCAUCAUCGAGUGUACAAAAACAACAAGAAUCAACAGAGAAUAACAUGUCUAAAUACGACAGUCCAUUAAAUUCGAAUGCCAAAUCGUGGACGACCGUCGUUGGUACCAAAGAUUUAACAGAAAUAACUGUUUUGGAAGACGAUUCUUUGAAUACUCAAACAUCCACUAUUAAUUGUCAAGAUGCAACAGAUAGUGAUAAGAAUAUUAUUGUAGAACAACCACAAGCAUCAGUCGUUCAUAAUUUGUGCGAAAUUUCAUCAAAACAAGAUAUGUAUUCCCCUCCAUUAGAAAAUCAAACAAGUAAAGAUGUUAGUGAGAAAUUAAAAGCAACGACGACGGAUAAAAUUGUCGAACCGAUCGCGGAAAAAUCCAUUGAAUCAAGGAAACAGCUUAAAGAAGGUAACAAGUCUUAUGCGCAAGUCGCAGCUUCUUCUCGACGAACUCCUCCUCAGACUUCUCAAGAAGAAAUAUGCGCUAAUCUUAACACACAUAUAAUUAAUUCUCUUCCAUCAAAGCCUGAUGAUAAAGCGGACAAUAUAAAAAUAUCCACUUCCGAUGAGAUGCAUGAAAAUUUAAAUACAGAAAAAUUAUUAGAGCAAGAUAAACAUGUUGAUAAAAUAAUAGCGCCUCAAUCUGCUGACCAAGAAACGGGUGUAGUAAAACCUAUUUCCCAAAACGAAUCAAUCCCUUGGGUAGAAGAAAUAGAGGAAGAGGCAUCUCUUUCGUCUACUUGUGUUAAUCCUACUGGUUCAAAAGAUGACAAUGAAACGUGUACGAAAUUAAAAACAAAUACAUGGGCUGCAAUAGUUGGCAAAAAAUCCAUAGAAUUGCCAGAAGUUAAUAACAUUCCUAGUCUCGAGCAAAAUCUCCGUAAGGAACAGACUGCAGAACAACGGCCUUUGGUUCAAAUUUAUGUAGAGGAAACUCUCGAACAAAAGCCGAUAGAGAGUUUGAUUCAAGUAGACGAACAAGGUUUCAUGGAAUUUGUUAAUCGAAAAGAAUUGCGCUCCAGACGUUCUAGAUCGCGUUCUCGAAGUGUUAGACGAAAUGACGAAAUUUUAGAUUCGGACAAGAAGAGUAAAACGUCAAAUGUAGAAUCUGAAAAUGUUAACACUAAGAAGAUUGAAGAUAAGAAUAAAGAGCCUGUACAAAGACAUGAUAAUAAACAAAAAGCCGAUGUGAAGAGUGACAAAUUGGCAAAUAUUGUUAAAAAAGAUGUUGUGCAAGAACUCGCUAAACCAUCUGAAAAAAUGAAUACAUCUAAAAACAAAGAUACAGUUAAGCAACAAAAAGAUUUGCAUAAACGUAAGAAAGAAAGUGAGAAACUACUUGCUGAGAGUCAAAGUCAGAAUGCUGAGAGUACAGCUAUUCAAGAAGUAAAGCCCGCACAAGACAAAACAUUUGAUGAGGAUAGAAAAAGUAAGUCAGAGAAGAACAAGUCUAGCAAGGAUCAAAUGAAACAACACACUCAAGUUAAUGAGCAAAAAGAAUUAACAGAUAUCGAAAAACCAAAAGAGGAGCAGAAAUUAAUAAAUGAGAUGGAAUUGUCUAAUAAAUUUCAAGAUGUAAAUGCGCAAGAGCAUGAAUGUAAAAAUGUAAAAGUAUUUUCAAUUACAGAGCAAAGUAGUGUUACAAAAUCUAAGAAAAAAUCGAAAAAUAAAAAAGUAAAAGUUACCACUGAACAAUUGGUUGAAAAUGUAUGUGUCUCCGACAUAAAUAAGAAAACGAUUAUAGCUGGAGAUUUGACAGAAAAGAAAGAAUUACUAAUAGAGCCAAAAUUAGACGAUGAAGUAAAAAUAAAACUUGAGGAAGCUGCUACUACAGAUACCACAUAUAAUAAGUCAACGAAUUUGAAUGAAGAAAUUCCAGCAGAAGAGACGAACAAACAAGAAAAUAUUGAGCAACAGGCUGUGACUUGUGACAAAACUACAGAAGAAGAAAGCAUUGAACAGAAUAUGACAAUUGACGAACCAAAAAAUACAAAGAUGUGUGAAAAAUCACAUAUAAAACAAGCAGAGGAAAAAAUGGAACCGAAAGAAAUUUCUAAACUCACAAGAGCAGAGAAACGAAAACAGAGAAAAAAGGCAAGAGCUUUAUUGCAAAAUGAAUCAAGUGACAAAAAAGAAUUUGAUACGGAAGAAGAUGUAGACCAAAAUAAAUCUGACGACACACUUGGCGACACGAAUAUAAUUGAAGAUAUUAAAGUUGAAAAAACGGAUGAAAAAACCGAAGAAGUUGCAAAUAUUGCACCGUUAAAAGAUAGAAUAGAUGUUGCAACUGAAAAUAAAAAUGAUGAAUCAAUAACUGAAAUACAAAUAGAAACAACAGAGAAAUCUUCAGAGAAAUCCGAAGCCGUAAUCGAAAAUAAAACAUUACCUUCACAAAUCAAGAAAGAAGAUGUCGAAAAUCAAAAAUUAGACAAUGAACCAACUAAAAUUUCACAUAUUUCGAAAGAUAUAAUUGAUAAGAACGAUUUCUCUGUUACAUCGGAAACAACCGAACACGAAAAUAUUAAGAAAUCUGAAUUACUUACAUCAUCUAUAGAAACAGAAAUAGCUGAAAUUAAAAGUCCGCUGUCAUCCGAAAAGAGAGGUGAGCAUGAACAAAAAUCUUUGAAAAAAAUUGACGCUAAACUCGAAGAUAAACAAGAGUUUCAGGAACAAGAAGAUUUGUCAAAAUGUGCGAAACAAGAUAUUACUGAUAUUACAGAUGAAAAUGUAUCGACUUUAAGCAAAAUGUUUGACGUAACUAAAAAAGAGACAGACUUGAAAACAGAAUCCAGUUUCGAUUAUUUAAGAGAAGAGGAGAAAAAUAUUUCAAUCGAAACGAAACUUGAACAAAACUUUGAAACAUCUACUGAACAAACAAAAGACGAAAUCAAGUAUGAACAAGAAACAUAUGAUAAACAAAUAGAAUUAUUAGAAAAUAAUAAUACUGCAGAACCAACAAUGGAUUCAGAAAAAAUCACGGAGAAUGAACAAAUUAUUGAUCAAAAAUCGAAACGCGUUGAACCCGAGGAAGCCGAAUCCGGCUGUAACAUCAUUUUGACAAUGGUUGAUAUAGAACAAAUUGAAUUGCCUCAAACAAAAACAUUCGAUCUUAAAUCUGAUGACACUUCGGAAUUGCACGAUAUUACAAUGGUUGAUAGUAAUGUCACAAAAGUAAAAUCAAUAUCAGAUAAUAUUGAAACAAAUAAAUCUGACGAAAAAGUAAAUGAAUGCAGUCAAAUUAAUGAUAUUUACAUGCCAGUGGAAACAUCGCCGAACAGCUUGACAAAUGUCUCCAUAAAGCAUUCAUUACAGCAUGAUAAAUUAUCCUCAGUUGCGCAAUGCUCCUUCGAAGAUGAGGACAAAUUGAAAAUUGAAAAUUUCGAUGCCUCGAUCGAGCCUAUAAAAUCCAAAGUACAAUUCUACAUAGCGGAUGAGAUUUUAGUUUUGAGUCCUGAUCGACGGAAGAACGUGUCAUCGGUGUCUCUUAUACAAGCACAACCUACAUCCAAGUUAUGUAAUUCACGAUAUCUCUCAAACGACCAUGGUUUUUGGCCUGACAAACGAUCCUAUCACGAAGCCGAGCGCGAUCACUUCGAGGACUUGGCUUUUCACAUGAAAAAGAGACUUUCACGCGGUAACGAACGCGAUUCCGACGAUCGUCAUCGCCCUAGAGAUCAUGACGAUGAUCACGACGGCGACAAUUCGGGCGGUAGAUCGCGGGACACUUGUGGAAAUUCGCAUUUCUUUUUCGGCACACCCCAGACAGAGCGUAUGGUAGCCGAUCUGCCCGGUGGCAUAUGUAGUUGGAGAGAUUAUAGCACUUAUCUAUCGAACGAGAGCGAGCGAACGCCGAUAGAUCAUAACUUGUCACUUGACGUGAUUAACAAUCAAGCGAUCGAUUCAGACUUAUCGUUGCUAAACGAUGUCCGAUUAUCGUCCCUUGAUUUCUCUUUAAUGUCUCCCUCCUCCAACGAUCCACGGACCGAGUCGCAUACAAAGUCUCUCGUAGACGUUUCCGAAGUAGAUCCGAAGGAGUAUCCCGCAAUCUCUUCUUCGAAUAACGUCCAAAGUCCCGAUCACCCUAGCACUUGCAUCCAAUCGUCGACCCUCGCCCAUCUUCGUCCACGAUCCAAACUGCAUUUAGGUAAAGAGACGAGGCAAGGAUCUGUGCAGCGAUGCAGUUCGGAUGAGGAAGUGGAGAAAGAAACGGCCGAAGACGAGAUUGAAAAAAGGAUACGCAGGAUCCAGGAUAUUGUUGAGGAAGGCCUCGCUUCUCUGCAAACAAGACUUUCGACUUUCGAAGAAACAAUGGGUCACUUGCCUGUAGACACCAUAGAGUCCAUGCUAUUAUCUCUUACGACCAUGUUGACGGAGCUUCGUACCUACGACGAAGAGGUUGCACAACUUCAAAGGCAAUUACGCGAGAUUCCUGCCGAUGUUGAGUCUCAAAGACUUUUAACAGCUUUGACGGAAAUUCACACACGUAUUACCUCCCUUUUCGAUCAAGCAGAGCAAGGACGGGCAGCACUCGAACAGGCGCGAGAGGAUCGAGAAAGACGCAGCCAAGAUAUUCAUACUUAUAAAUUAUUCCUCGAAGAAACAGACACUUGGCUAAGAAAUAUCAUAUCGAAAAUAGACGAACAACAUUCAUUUAACACCAACAAGAUUUUACAGGAAGAAUUGAGGAAUCGUGCACAUCGAGUCUCAGAACUCGAGUCAUUACCAGAAGUGAGUGCGCUGGCGAUAGAACUGAAGAAAGCCCUCGUAAACACAAUUAAUCAGCUCUCACAAAAGCAGCAGACAAUUAUUAUCCUCCAGGAAAUCUGUGAUGAGCAAGCUCAAGCUGACGAUGAAUCGACAGAGAAAGACAAUGCUACUCUGGACGAAGCACCCUCAAUUAAUUCUUCCUUGGAAGGCGGUCCGCCCUCUUUGGCUGAUGUUUCCUUACAAACUGGUCAAAGUUUAUUAAUCGACGACGUUGUGGAAAAAAAAGCCCAAUUCACAAAACAAACAUCUACAACGCAAAUCCCAUCGUCGAUUACAUGUCAUUCUCUCACGACGCAGACGACGCAAGAUUUACCAAGCGAGGCUGCUCAAACGCAGGAGGCUAUAAAAAUCUUAAAAACCACGAAAGGCGAUCAUGACGUAAUCGAAAUAGCGACUAAGUACUUGCCAUCUAAUUCUAGUCAAGAGCCAGUACAUCAGGAGCAAUCUAGCGUUUUGUCUAGUGAAGACAUCGUCGUCGACAUGAAAUAUCAAGAUGCGAAAAAAACCGAUAGCGCGACGAGCGAACUAAACAUUGUCCAUGUUGCGCCACAAUCUUUUGAGACGGUUUUAGUCGAACCGGACGACAUUACUACCGAGGUAGUUGUCGAUGCCGACGGCACGAAAAGAAUCAUAGUAAGAAAGUUACGACGUACUACUACGGUCAGUAAACAAACUACACAGCAGCAUAUGUCUACGUUAGCGACGACACUCGGAGACACGCCGCUGAUGAUGCAAGCUUUCUCAGAGGCUGCGAUGAGAGAUCAGCAAAUCACCGUGACUAAAACGAGACCAGAUGGUACCAUAGAGACUAUAACAAGACAGAUUUACGGCGGUAAAGUCACCACAGGCGCUGGCGAAGGUAUCAAUGUGGAGGAAUAUGAAACGGAACCUCGGUACACACACAUGGUGACGCAAGGUCAGAUAGGAGAUAUCAGCUGCCAACCAGUUGAAGAAGAAAUAUUGAUGGAGGGUGGGGAAUAUCAAACGAGAACUUCGAGCGUUCAUGCCGUUGUGCAGCAAGUCACUAAACGAAUUAUUAAAAAGACACGCAAAAUCAUUCGGAAAGUUACUAUUAUAGACGGCAAGGAAACCACCACCGAAGAAGUAAUCGAAGAACCUGAAGAGAUAGAAAUAAACGAGCAGGAUAUACCGCACAUCAGUAUCAAUGUGGUUAAGAACGAAGAGCAAAAAAUUAUAGUUCCUGCGGAAAAAGCAAUCGAAAUACAACAGCAGGAAGCAAUGAAAUCAAAUAUACCAAUAGAGCAUACUCCCGAUAGUUUGAUUCAAGGACCAUUUUUUGGACCAUUUGCUAAGGAUAUGAUGAGUGAGCGUCAAAAUCAAAUAAACGAAAAAAUUAUCGAGAAGCCAACCAUCGCAGAAAAAAAUGAUGACAUCGUAGAAAUUGACACAUCGAAUAUUGUAGAUGAAAGCAUGUCGUCAAAAGAACUCUUGACGACAGAUUCAAAGAUAAAGUUAGCAGAUCCUGAACAAACUGUGAUACGAGAAACGCUCUCUUCUUCGGAAGAACAUGUAUCACAAUUAGAACAAUCAGAAAAUUUAAUUAAUGUUCCAGAUGAUGAAAGCAUUUCUGUUUUACGUGAUGAAAAUAUGGUACCAAAAGAAAUGGAAACCAUGAAAGAACACGAAUUCGAACAUUUCCCCACUAAGGUAAAUGGCAUAAAUACACUUCCUGUUGAUAAUCAAGCAUUCAUCGAUACUGAACGAUCUGCCGUUUUGCAGACUCCUGUCGAAGAUGUUACAGACGCAGUACAACCAGAAUCUUUAAAAUCGCCAUUAGAGCCGACCAUAACAGAUGACGAAUCGGUGGUCCCCAAGACUACUUGUAAGUCUGACGAUGCACCAGUAAAAAUUGAAACACUCAAUGUUGAGGUAGAAAACGGCACGGUAGAAGUAGAAAUGCACCAUGAUGUUAGCAGCACUGUAGAAGCUGGUACAAAUGUCGAUAUAUCAAAUGUCAUUCUCUUAGAGGAAGAAGAUGAAAAGGAAGAAAUGUUAAAGAAAGACGGAUCGUUUGAACCAUCCAAGAAUAAAGAAGAAGAUGUAACAUCGCUUCGACAAUCGGAGCCACAAAAUGAAUCAAUUAUUCGACCGUGUGAAUUAGAUAUUGAAUCCAACGAAGAAAGAACUACUUCAAGAUUAAAAGAUGUCGAAACAUCACUUAAAGAACAAGAAAUAUCAGAAUUAUUUACAGAAGAGGAAGAAGAUAAUUUAAGGGAUGAAGCACUCAAGCCCGAGUACAAACCAGUGUUCCAUAAGGUAGAGAUAGCCUUGUCUGUGAGUAAAGAAGAUGCGGAAAUUAAACCAUUGGUCUCUAUCAAAACUCAGGCAGAACGAUCCGAAAUUGCGCCAUAUAAUAGUAUUGUUAAGGAAGAUGUAGACAUUAGUCUUCCGAUGGAUAAGAAAACGAUAGGAGUAAUACACGAUAAGAUCGUACAAACCAGCGCUUUUCUUACAGCUGAAAAAGAAACAGAAACCUUACAAGAGACGGCAGAUAAAGUAAUCGAUGUUCACAUCGAAUCCUCGGAGCAAAGCAAAUCAGAUUCGUCAAGUCAUAAAAGUAGAAAAAAGAAACGCCACAAGGAUAAGACAGAAUCUUCAGAAAAGCCUGUAGAAGCAGAAUCUAGUUCCAUUGCUACAUCGAUUGCUGAAUCUAUGGAGAUUAAUGUCCCAUCAUCUGAUUCAUCUAAACAAGCUAGUGAACAGCCGCAACCGGAUGUUACGGAGAUCAUCAAAUCUAAUAUUGAAUCGUCUUUAAGUUUAGACGAUGGUAUAGUGGCUGAAGAAAAUGGAUAUCAACCGGAUGACAUUGAUGUAUUGUCGAUUACACCAGAAGAUGAAAAUGGCGUAAAAAGAAAGAGAAAAAAGAAGAAAAAACAAAAGAUUCGAUUAAUUCAAGAUGAAGAUCUAACUCAAGUGCCCAAAACUAGCAGCAAUGAUGCGACAUUUACAGAUGAUAGCGUUAAUUUAGAGUUUUCUAAAUCUGAAAAAGUAAUCGAAGAAAAUUCGACAUUUAUACAAACAUCUCCUGAACCGCUACCGUUAACUUUAGAAGAAGAGAGUCAAACAGAUAAAACUGAAGAGAUUCAUAUUGAGACACAAACAAUUUUAGAACCAGGACUUGAUUUUAUUGCGGAGAAUAUUGUGGAAAGAAUCCCGAAAGUGGAAGAUUUAGGAAUACAGACUAUGACACCCAUAGCCACGCCAAUGGAGGAAUUUGCUAUUCAAACUAGUCCAAUCGAGGAUAUUCCUUUCAUUAAAACGGAAAUGGAAGAUUCUCAAGCACAAACAACCGAAGUUGAUGUUUAUUCCACGGAAAUGCAGACUUCGCCUAUUGAAGAAACUUUAAUGAUGACAAAUGAAACUCAAACAAUAAUAAAUACCGCGAUGGAAGUCGAGCAACAAACUACUCCACCACCAAUAGUAGAGAAAAUCAUUAUGCAGGAAAGUGGUAUUCAAACAUUACCUCCAAAAGUACCAGAAUCUUUGGAAAAAGAUAUACAAACAAACAAUGUCGUGACUAGUCCGGAACAACCAAAUGUUUUGCAUACAGAUACUCAAACAAUCGCAAUGCCUGAAGUGGCUACUGAAACAAUAGAGACACAAACGACGCCUGAAGAAAGCCCUCGAAAGACAGAGCUGCAGGAAACCGAAAUGGAAAUAAAAUCAAUUAAAGAGACUACAAUGCAGACCAGUCCAACCGUUGUCAGUCCAGAACCUAUACAAGUAUGCGAAGAAUCUAUUCAAACCAGCAUCGAAGAAACAAAGCAGACUACCGAGGAAGAAUCACAGACUAGUCCUCCAGAGAAAACUCAGACCUUUGAUAGCUCGAUGCAAAUAGAAACAGAAGAUCUGAUACCACAAAUCGAAAAAAGUGUACAAAAUAUUCCUGACGUGUGUGAAAUCAGCGCACAAACAUCUUUAGAGAAAGAGAAUCAACCAAUCGAAAUGACGUCGAUAUCUCAACAGACAACAUUAAUUUCAACUCAUACAGUUGAAACAUAUACGGAAGAUCCCAAAAUAGAAAAAACUGAAAAAGAAGAUGCACAAGAAACGCCCGUUUUAAUGGAAGCGGAUGUCUUAAAAGAAACGACGAAGGAAGAGGGAAUAAUAUUUACAGAAAUAAUAAAAGAAACUCCAGCAGCACCUGAUGUACAAGUACGAAAAAUAGAAGAGAUAAGAGAAAUGGAAGUUGCGAGUGACAAACCAAUAUCAGAGAUUUCCACAACGAUUCCAGAAAAUAUCGGACAGAGAAAAACAUCUGUCGAGGAAGAAAUAAACCGUCAAUUUUCUGAAAUACCUAUGAUAAAAGAUAAUUUAAAAUCAUCAUCGGAUAGCGUAAAAACAGAAGAAUCUACGAUAUCAUCUUUGAUAUCGGAAAGAAACAUUACUCCGGAUACAUCAUUUGAAAUUCACGUUCAUGCGAGCAUAGACUUGUCUGCAAGUGACACGCUCGAUACAUUUGAUAGCAAAGAAACGCUUGAUAAUUCGCAAGAUACGACAGCUACUGAGGAUUUCAAUAACGACGCGGAUGUUGCAGAGCAUAGCAAAGCGAUUAAACGGCAAAGAAGAAAGAGGAAGCACAACAAAACCAUGGAGAUAAAUUUACCUAACAAAGAUCAGUCACAGUUCGAAUCUAUAUUUGGACAGCCAAUAAAGUCUCAGGAUACUACCUUGAAAUUGUCUUAUUGCGACGUAGCCAAGAAAAAUGUCAGCAGGCGAACAUCUUUAGUGGGAAAUAAUGACGUUGUGGAUGACGUAGUAUGUGAAUAUUCUUCUCAAAUGAUACCUCAGAUUAAAUCAGAUCAGAUGAAAUCGGAGGAUAUAGCAUCGAGAAUUACUACAGAAAGCACGAGUCGACACGAAGAAGACAUUCAAAACGUACCAAAUAUCUCAAUUACCUCGGAUCAAUUUAUGAUCGAUUCAAAUCGCCACAUUCCAGAAUCAAGAGCUAUAUCUGAAGUAACAGAGGUACAAAUGCCAUUUUUGCCACCUGAUAAACCGACGAUAGAACCAUUACUAAUAUCGUCAGAUCAGGAGAAAUCAUCCGCAAUUAUAUCUAAAUCAUCGUCUCCUGAACCGAUGGAUACCACUGAAGAGCCACUGUCACCCAUAGAAAUCGAGCAAUCUAUUCUCAGUAAAGAAAUCAAUGAAUCGUUUCAAGCAGAGAGUCCAACAUACGCCGAAGUGACAUCCGAAUCGCACAAAAAACUUGCACCUGCCUCGCCUAGCACCGAAAUAUACGAGAGAAAAGAGAUGAAUUUGUGGCAAGAAUCCGUCACCGAAGUACCAUCUCUCAACACUUUGUCUGCAGCUUCUCUUUUAGAAAGAUCUUUGGAAUAUGACAUUAAACCGCAAUAUCAGAGAAUGCCACAAGCGAUGCAAGCUGCGAAAAUAAUAACUGAUCGAGUGAAAAAUCUUCAGAAUACCAACGAGUCGAGUUACCUAGGUAACAUCUUGCACAUCGCACAUCUUGAGGAAGUCACCACGGAGAAACUCGUGGAAGAACGUUCGUCGGAUGUUCGCAAAGAAUUGGCGCAGCUACAAAAUGCUAUUCAAGAAGACGAUGCGAUAAUGAUUGAAGAAACUUUUAUUACUGUCGUUGAAACAAUCUCAACUUGGCUGGAGACUAUCGAGUAUCGAAUCUUUCUAAACAGAGAAUGUCCGACUGGGCCUUCUCACGAGGAUGCUAAAACGUUCAUCGAAUUAAAAGAUGAAAUGGAUCAUGUCAAAGAAAAUAUUUGCGAGCUUGAUGACAUUUGGCAGCAAUUAGAGCCAAACUAUCCAGAACAAGAACGGGAAAGAUUACGAAAAUGUAUAGACGCUGUUGAGCAUCAGAUGAAAAUUAUCGAACAUAUUACGAUUGAUGAAGAAAAACAUGCCAGCAAACAACUCGCAAAAUGGGACGAAUUUCUAAAUGGCGUGAACAAUAUGUAUAGGCUAAUCGACGAGCAACGUAAACAGCUUGAUUAUAUAAUUGAAAGUGAAAAUUCCACACGUUGGAAAUUGCAGGAACUCGAUAAAUUGGAGAACACAAAUCGUUGUCAUAUGUGGAAGACGAGUAAGCUUAUCAAUAUCACUCACGAAUUAUUGCGCGAUUAUCCAGGCAAGAUUAUACCUGAUGAAACAUACGCCGCACACGAAAUGACGAAGAUCAUCGGGCAUAAUGUAGACGUCGAACGAGAGCGUCUUCUCCAAUUGCUUCUCUUAGCUGAGGAAUAUGAGCAAACACUCCAGGAAUUUGCACAAAUUACCGAUAUCGCUGAAAAUCUGCUAGACAGUCCGAUAUCUGUGAUGAGCCUGGAAUAUCUUCAAGAGGAGAUGCAGAAACACAGAAAAUUCUUCGUCAAUUUAAAUCAUUGUCGCGCGAUUCUCGAAUCGCUGGAGGGCAAUCUAGAUCCCGAAACCAGAGCCAAACAUUCAGAUCUGCAUAAAGAGCUUCAUGAUAAAGCAACUGCGUUGCUCGAUCAAGCGGCUUCAAGAGCGCAACAAAUGGCAUUGGCCGCGUCACGAUGGAUGCUACUGGAGCAAAGUGUGAAAGAAGAGAGAGGAUGGCUUCAAGUUGCACAUCAACGUGUCCCUGAUCUUCAAACAGUGACCUCGACCGAUUACGAUCAAUACAUCUCUUUAUAUCAGUCUCUAUCAUCAGAUGUAGCAACCCAUCGUGCACGCUUAAUUCAAUUAUUCGACGUGGCAUGUAGUCUCCGUGAUCUCAUCAACAUCGAGGAUCCCGAAGAUCAUUACGCUGAAAUUUUAGACGUGAUCGUAAAAUUGCAAGACAACAUUGAAUCUUCCUUGAGAAGGCUACUGGCUUUUAGAGAGAGUUGGAAUAACCAAGAGACAUUGAUGAAUCGUGUGGAACAAUGGAUGACAACGGCUGAGAAGGAGCUUGCCAUGUUACGCGAUCCCUCAGGAAGUUCCAUGCGUCAGUUCUGGGAAUUGAAGGCACAAUAUGAGGUUCACAACAACAUGCGUAAUGAAGCAGACAAUUGCUUUGAGCAAGCUUUACGAAUUAUACCUUUGUCAGACGAAAUAUUACAGCGACAAUUCCAUUACGAAUUGCAAGAUCGUUGGAAUGAGAUUAGUAAUAAAAUCAACGAAAUUCAAAUGGAUGUCACUCGCAGCAUUUCCUCGGAGGAGAUCUCAUCGAACGAGAAACUGAAGCUAUUCGAAAAGGAGCUGAACGAAUUACGAAUGACUAUCAACAGUUUUUAUGGAGUAUUAAAGACGAAAGAGGAACUCGACUUGUAUAUCGAGAGACUCACUGUUCUAUUCGACAGAAUCUCUUUGAUUCAAGAUGAAAUAGGUCGCUUGGGUCUUUUACCAGCAGCAGAAAGCGAAAGAGUCGGAUUCUUGUUAUCAUCGGCUCGUUGUAUCGAGGGACAGAUAAGUGAAGAGCUAGAUUCGGCGCAACUACUCAGAGAAAAAAUUCAAGUUCUUCAACGUGGAUUAAAUCGCUUUAGAAAGGCUUACAAAAGAUUAUCGGCAGUACUGGAUCAAUGCGAGGGCAGCGAAAAACAAGAAAGCGAUUUGGUGGCCGCGGCUGUUAAUCAAUGUCAAUCAGUCGCAGAUGAGUUGGCGAUUCUCUGGCAAGAUCUAAUGGCGUUAAGACAAAUGCUGCAUAAGUUGCCGACCUCGAUGAGAGUAACAGUAUCGCCGGUAGGCAUAGAAAGAGACUUAUCCAACAUACAGGAUGUACACACCGAACUUGAAUCAAGAUGUACGCGACUGCUCUCAUUACUGACGAAUAGAUUGGAGUUGUGGCGACGAUUCGAAAAGCAGUUGGAAAUAGUGCAGCAAUCUGUCCAGGAAGCGGAUUAUAUGAUGGAGCUAUUAACCGUCCAAGGCUCCGUCGAUUACGAGAGAUUACUAAAGGCUACCGAACGAUUAGAGGGUCUAAAUGGUGAUUUGGGUGCCCGAGAAGUUCUCAUUGACGAAUUACGUGCUGCUGCCGAGCCUUUGCGGGAGAGCUGUGCCGUAGAAGUCCGCGAGAGAGUCGAUGCCAUAGUAAAUGAAGCCGUACAGGCUUGGGAAGACACAAGGGCCGAAUUAAACGCCCUUUGCACCAGAUAUCAGCACGCGUGCAGGCUCUGGCAACAAUACAGGGACUCUAGUGCUGCGGUAAAGGCCUGGGUAGACACUCAAAUGAACACUGUGGUAAACUUGCCACCGGAGGAAGCAGUCAAGCAGGUCAAGAUUUGCGAGGAGACACUGGCGGAACACAAAGAGAGACUGGCGGAACUACGCGGUCUAGUAGCACAGAUAGCCUCAGACGUAGGUCUGAACGCCGAUGGACCGCUUCAUUGCGAAGUCGAAGCACUCGGUCAACGACUUGAGGAUGUUCGGGAAACCUUGUCGUCUCUCGCGGAUACGGUAGAUGCUCAUGUUCUCAAUCAAGAGCUCGCCCGUGGUGAUCUAUGUCAGACGAAAAAUUUUCUCGACUCGGUCCAACAGAACCUAAUGACGGUGGGUCAGGGCGAAUCUAAUGAGCAGCUGACAGUGCUGCGGAACCAUCUCCUCGCUUUAACUCGAACUGAACCGCAGCUUCAAUUCAUCAAGGAUCGCGCGUUAGAUAUGUCUGUGCAAGAACCAUCAGUGGUUGAAGUGAUCCAAUUAUGGCAGCGUGUGUUUCAAGAAACCUUCCAACAGUAUCAUCGUUUGUCGACGCGAUUGAUCCGCUCGCAGGACGUAAUCGCCGCACUGAAACUCUGGGAGGAAUAUCUGACACAUGUGCAGGACUUCCUGUCAACCGGCGUGCCAAGUGAUUACAAUGGUUUAUCGGAACAUCGAAAUCUCUGUGAGAUUCAUCGGAAACUUCUACCUGAGCAGCAAAAUGUCAUGUUAACGGUACGACAAGAGGAAGAGCGUGACAGGUCGAUCGCCGAGCAAUUCAACGCUUUGACAAAUCUGCACAACGAGACACUGGCGAGAAUACUAGAACGACAUGCGGUGGUGCGCGACAGAAUAUCCGCCUGGGAUAAGUACAGGCUGGAUCAAAGUAAGUUAUUAGCUUGGCUAAAAGAAGUCGAGAGAGAACGGCAACGUUUGCACUUACAGUUUAUUCACCUGAGACGACUCGACAAGAUCCUACAAAGAAUUCAGGCGUUAUUAGAUAAGAUACCAACCGGCGAGACUCAGAUAGAGUCUCUUCAAAAGCAGCAAGAGUACCUCCUGACUAAUUGUGAGGAGGCAUUGGCCGUCUCGAUACGCAUGGAACACGCCGCGAAUACGCAACGGAUUGCCAAUCUGCGCGCCGGCCUCGAGACCUGGAGGGAUUUUGUUCAGAGAGUGCAAAAGCUGUAUGAAGAACACAUCGAACAGUCCAGCGUAAUCACUUCGAUCUUCCAAGAAAUCAGUCAGGCGCUGAGUGCGGCUUUUCACGCGAAACCGACGAGCCUAUUCAAGACAAAGGAACAAUUAGACUCACUUCAACACUUGAGAAUUCGUCUAGCUGAUGCACAACGUAAUCUCGAAUCUCUCGGUGUCGUCACGGAACAGUUGAGGGAAUGCCUAAGUCCGAGCGACAUGAAGACGCUAAACCAGCACGAUGCACUUCUGUCGCAACAAUACGGCGACCUUGAAUAUCAAUUAGCCCUACUAGCGUACAGACUUGCAGAACGUUGCAAUCUUCAUGGUCGAUGGGAAAAUAGGCUAAACAAGUUUUUGUCAUGGAUGGAAGACACCACGCUCCGCAUGCAAGAUUACAAUACAACAGCGUUGGACGAGCCUGAGGAGACGGUAAAGCGACUCGCAAGUGAGUUGCAAGCGGAGAUGAGUUUGAAGCAGCGCGAACUCGAAUGGUUGCAAAAUACUGGACAGGAGCUGAUAGACAUAGCUGAAGAGACGGAGAAAGCAAAACUCCAACGAUCCUUGGCCGAAGUCAAUGAAAAAUGGAAUCAACUGAUGAUCGACGGCAAAGCGAGAGCUAACAAGCUAGUCGAUCUAAUUCAAACGAUGAACUUGUUGUUAAAGAAAAUAGUUGAUUUACGAACAUGGUUGACAGGCAUUGAGGGUCAAUUAUCGGAAACUCUUAUAAUCGAAAAACCCAUGCAGAAAAGCAUCGAUAAGAAACUCGAAGAUCACAAAUACCUCAAAACCUCGAUUGAGGCCGAAAGCGGUAAUAUCAGCCAAGUGUUGAAUCUAUGCGAGAUCCUGCUGAAUGAUUGUGACACAUGGAAAGCCUCUUUUAAUACAGACGCGAUAAAGAACGGCAUGAACUAUCUGGAAAGACGAUGGAAAGCCGUAUGCGUCAAAUCCACUGAGCGUAAGAAAAGAAUCAUAAUGAUUUGGAAAAUGUUGCAAGAAUUAGAUAAAACUAAACAAGAGUAUGAACCUUGGCUAUCCAAGACGGAAAAGUCUCUCUCAGAGCUGGAAAAAAAUCUUACCGAAAUCUCCAAGGAAGAAUCAGAGAAGUUAAUGGAGAAAGCUAAGUCAAUCGCUAGAGAUAUUGAGGCGCAUCAAAAAGCUUUGAAAAUUCUCGAGCAAACAUUUGGACGGUUAGCCAAGUCCGGACUGGAUCCUGAUAAUUUCAGAUCGCUCACGAGCGAGACGAGGAAGAUCAUCGACAGGUGGUUGGCUGUCGGAAUGAAAAUCAAUGCCAUUAUCCCGAGCCUUCAACAAGAACAGAAGACUUAUCGCGAGUUCGUGUACAUGCAUGGCGCCGCGGUCGUAGGCCUGACGCAAGUAGACGUUCGCUUAACGCAGAUGCAGCAUCUCGCUACUCCCGAACAGAAAUCAUCUCUGCGACGAAGGCGUCAACAGUUAAGGGAGAUCGAGGAAGAGCUCGAUACUCAAAAUGUCACACUGCGAAAAGCGGAUGAGCUAGCGUUGCGGGUCAUGCAGGAGAGUAAUUCUGAUGACGUGGCCGCGAUUCAGGAACUCGUAGACGAAUAUCAAUUAUUGUGGCAAGAUAUUAAAGAGCGGGUAACCGUGCUGAAAACGGACUUGGAGAUGCAGGAGAGAUCGGAAGUUGACGAAGCGGUGCAAGUAGAGACAUUAAAAUUCGAACAAGACACCGCGGUUCAGGUAGAUACUUUACCGAGACUUAUCAAAAUGACCUCGUGCGAUGCUUAUCUGAUGGAAUUAGAGGCUGCCUUAAAUGAAUGCAAUAAUGCCUUGAACACUCUGGAAGCGGCGGUGACGCCUGAUCCUGUUUCCGGUCCUGGACUCAAUGCAGCUGCUAAAACUAUCGCUAAACUGAUUGGAAGUUGCCAGUCUUCGAUAGAACUGGUACGCCACUUUCAUACUCUGCUCAUGGAAGAUGACAAACUGAAUUUAGGAGCUGCUAAAAGUAGCGAAGUAGCAACACUAAUAGCUCGAUACGAUACACUCCUUGCAUUAGCAAGAACACGUGAACAGCAAAUCAGAGAGCUCAGCGAUAAUGGCAGAUUGACAUGUCCACUAUGCUCUCGCCGUAAUUGGGCUCAGCUGGACAAUGACUUCUGGCGUUUGGACAAAUGGUUAGAGUAUGCUGAAGGUACGCAAAGUGAACAGCAUUCACCACCCAGCGACAUAGAACAACUGGAAGACGUGAUUCAAGAUCAUCGCGAAUUUUUACUUGAUCUUGAUAGCCACAAGAGUAUUGUAACAAGUUUGAAUAUAGUCGGCGCUCACUUGGCCGAUCAUACCGAGGAUAUGGAACGUGCGAAAGAGCUUCGCGAUCGAUUGUCUGUGGCAAACAAACGAUGGGAAAAAAUUUGUACAGCUGCCGUGCAGUGGCAAGAACAGUUGCAACAUGCUCUCAUGACAAAUCAUCAGUUUUAUAGCAUUAUAGAGGAGUUGUUAGCUUGGCUCGAGCGCACCGAAAUUAGUAUUCGAGACAGCGAACCGAUUGAUCUGACUGAAUCUACCAAUGUUAUAGAAGUAAAAUAUAAUAAAUUUAGGGAAUUGCGAAACGAUCUUGAGCGUUGCGAGCCACGAGUGAUAUCGUUACAAGAAGCGACUAAUCAUCUUUUAGAUGAACAAGCAGAAACUAGAACACGUUUACAGGAACUACGAUUAAGACUGCAAUCGUUAAGAAGAUUAACCGGUAUUUAUACUCUUAAAUUGGGAGCUGCUCUUGGGCUGGACCCGCGAGAUGUUGGUCUCGCCACUACAUCAACAUCUCUCGCAUCUCUUUCACAUGACCUACUCGACGAAGCUGCCUCUGGAACUGAUCAGCCUCACACUACCAGCACAAAUGGUGACGAAAACAACCGAUCAGUACUGGCGCGUGGAUAUCGUUUCCUAGGAAGAGUCCUUCGAGUUUCUCUACCGAUACAAGCUCUAAUGCUGUUAUUGCUUGGCAUCGCAUCGUUGGUACCGUCUGCAGAAGAGGACUACAGUUGUACACUCUCCAAUAAUCUCGCCAGGAGCUUUACGCCGAUUGCCUUUUAUCCGAAUGGACCGCCACCGGUAUAA